CAGAGGCGCGCGCAGAGACGAAAGCAAGAAAUUAAGCUGUAAAGGGAGAGGCGGUAGUCUAGAUUCUAGAGGACAUGGCGGCACUCGUCACUCCAGCUGCUUCGGUGGUGUCCGAGCUGGUGGUGCGGGGCCGGGAGUCCGCCGCCGUCCUCGAGGCCCUGCUCCAGGGGGGCUCGCCGCAGGAGCACGGCGGGAUCCGGGAGCUCGCCGCGGAGAUCCUUCUCUGUUGCGACCGCGCCCUCGCCGCGCUCCACGGUCGCGACGGCGUCCAUGCGGUCGCGCUCGCCAGCAGGAAGCGCAGGUCGUCGGAGCCCGACGGCGCAGCCUCUCAGACGAGGCCGAAAAGAAGGAUGCGCGCGAGCAGCGGAUCGACGGCGACGAGGGUCGAGAAGCGAUCGACGGCGGAGGACGGGCACAUAUGGAGGAAGUACGGGCAGAAGGAGAUCACGCACAGCAAGCACCCGAGGCUCUAUUUCAGGUGCUCCUACAAGCACGACAUCGGCUGCCCGGCGACGAGGCAGGUCCAGCAGUCGGACGACGACCUCUCCCUCUACGUCAUCACCUACUUCGGCGACCACACCUGCUGCCACGGCGACGAAGCCGUCGCCGCCGCAGAGGAAAAGGACGUCAAGAUGCAGCCGUUCGUCAUCAACUUCGGGAUCGGGUCGGCCACAGAGAGCAGCACCAGCGGCUCGCCUUGGCAAAACUCUGAUGACGGUGAUGGCCGGAGCGAGAUCCCACGCUCGUCGCACGCCGUAUGCUUGCCGGAGGGAGGAGAAGCAGAUGAACUACGACUGAAGGUGACCAAAGUUGAGACAACUUCGUUAGGCUCGCAGCCAGCGAGCCCGGCGGCGGCAGAGCUGAGCUCGUCACCCGACGUUUCCUGUGCUUCCCCAGCAUGGGAUCCUUUAUCCAGCUGCUGGGAGUGGGAUCAAUUCGUCGAGAGCUCAUUCGAUUUCGUUAGUAGAUUCAUCGAUUUCGAUGACUUUGCUUUGUACCAAUAGCAUGGUGAAUUUCCUCCGUGUGAUGGUUAUAGCUAGAUGGUCAACUUAAUUUUGUGAGGGAUAUGGAUUUCUUCUACUAUGGCGUUCUUUGCACUAGCGAUGAGCGCACGCAUGAAAGCAAGUGUGUAACAUAUACUCCCUCCGUUUAGAAUUACUUGUCCCGAAAAUGAAGGUAUCUAGACGUAUUUUAAGUUCUAGAUACAUCCA